CUCGGCGGAUCAUCGAAGUGAACUUGUUUGUGGAUGAAAACCGAGAGGAGAACUUGGUGAGAAGGCACCUCGAGUUUGCCGAACGCGCGUCCCUGGACUUAGACAAAAGGGCUUGUUGAUCAAAGAACUUUUUAAAACCCCUCAACAUGGACAACGCAACAGUUGACCCAAGAUGCAGCGAACCACCUCCACUCGCCAUCGACAUCAUCCAGAACCUGGACAUCUUUGGCACCAUCCUUUACUCGUUGCUGAGCUUCAUGGCAGUCACGUCCAUGCUCAUCUACAUUGAGGAGUGUGUUUAUAUCUAUAAGAAGGUUCCCUCACACAAGAAGAGCAUCAUCAUUUGGGUGAACGGAGCUGCACCGGUCAUUGCCUCCAUGUCUUGCAUGGGAAUGUGGGUUCCCAGAUCCAUCAUGUUUACGGACAUGUUCUCAGCCUGCUACUUUGCAAUUGUGGUGUUUAAGUUCCUGAUCCUGAUGUUGGAGGAGGUGGGAGGUGACGAGGUGUUCCUGCGGCGGGGGCCCAAACACAAGCUGAAGAUCAGCACCGGACCCUGCUGCUGCUGCUGCCCCUGCCUGCCACAUGUGGAAAUCACACGACGCUCCCUCUUCCUCCUCAAGCUUGGCUCCUUUCAGUUUGCUUUGCUGAAAAUUGUCUUCACCAUCCUCUCGAUUGUUCUAUGGACCAAUGGGACCUUUGACCUGUCUGAUUUGUCAAUUACCGGUGCAGCCAUUUGGAUUAACCCCUUCGUGGGCGUGUUGACGAUCAUCGCCCUGUGGCCCGUCGCCAUCAUGUUCAUGCACCUGAGGUUAGCUUUACGGACACUUAAGAUCAUCCCCAAGUACGCCAUGUAUCAGUUGGUGCUGGUCCUGAGUCAGCUGCAGACCGCCAUCAUCAACAUUUUGGCUUUGAAUGGAACCAUUGCCUGUUCGCCGCCGUUCUCUGCUCCAGUCAGAGGAUACAUGCUGAGUCAGCAGCUCCUGAUCCUGGAGAUGUUCAUCAUCACGCUGGUGACGCGACUUCUGUACAGGCGACGCUAUGAUCCUAUACCAGAGGAGGAAAGUCCUGUGAAAGAGGAUGAGGCCAAGAUGAUUGAACAUCCUUAGACUUUGAGUCAUGUCUGUGUGUGUGUUGCACAGAUGUUGAAACUCUCUCAAACUCUGUCUGACAGAUGACACUACAUGACAUCCUGACAAAAGUGUUGGCCGCUGAUUCAGAUUCUGAAAUAUCAGCUAAUUUUACCUCCUAUAUCGAUACCUAUAUUUUUUAAUGGUCUUUUUAAUAUUACUGGAUAAUAUUAUUAUGAAUUUGAAUCAAUUUUUAUCCAUGUUUUAUAUUUAUAUUUUAGAUUUGUGGCUUGCUUCUGAAUGGAUCAGGGGGGAAUUUUCUUGGUUUUUUUUUUUUUUCUGUUGAACCCUUGACUAUUUUUUUUAAAUACUUAAAAGCCUCUUUCUUUUAAGUCUCAAUGUUAUUUUUAAAUUUGGAGUAUGAGCAAACCUGUUCAUGUUUUAUAAAUCAGAGGAUCACAGAACUAUUAUAUUCAUAUAUAUCAACAUGUCUGGUUCACGAUAACAGUUAUGUUGUUCAUUUAAAGCUCCAAAAAAUAGAUUCCAUGAGAGCAAAAUAUCUACAGCUUUGCAUCUUUCUUGCCCAAGUUAUGCUGAAGGCCAGAACUGUUAAUCUGACGAUGACAGAUGCUCACAUUUGUAUGUGUCUUCAACACGAAGGUGGAAGUCUUAUAACGGGUUGUGAUUAUCUGUAAUUCCACGUUUGGCCAAUAGGGAGCGGUAAUGAACAAUUGUUGCAGACUGUCUGAGGCGCAUGUUUCGUUUAUUGACUGUUAGAAGGGAAUGUUUGUUAACUGCAUGUUUUCAGCCAUUGUUUUGUAAACGAAAUGCGACAUUUACAAUCGUAUUACGUGAGUUGGACGUGAAUCCAAUGCUUCACACAGAUAAUAAAAUGUCAAACAUU